AGAGGGAAAAGAAGAGGCACCUAUCGAUGCCAAACUGAGUGCAGAUGAUAAGAAGUUCUCCGCUGAAUCUGUGAUGGAAGACCCCGAGACAAGUGAGCCGACGUAUGAGAUAGUGAGGAGACCAGAGAGGGGGAGAUGGAAGGACGUGAAGGAUGUCUCUCCCAAGAUAGAGAUGGCCCCCCGAUACUCACUGGUCACAGGCUCAAUAAAUCUGCCUGAAUUCGUAAAAGCGAGUUUGAGCUCAAUCGGCAACACUGCAGGUAACUACCGGAAGAAAGACGAAAACAAAAAACCUAUUGAUGAGAAGAAGCCUGAAAAGAAAUCUAUUGUCCGAAUUCCUCCAAGAAAUUCGAAAGCCCCGAUUAUUAUUGACGUUACAGAGCGACCGUCUGAAAGUCUUUUCCGAGAAGCUAAACAGUCGAAAGUGGUUAAUCCAAAUCAGCCGCGACGAAGCUCGCUCGGGUCUCAGAAGAACAAGCCGAAUCAAGAAAUGAGUGGUGUCCGAAAUACUGUGUCAGCCGAACGACAGCCAGCAGCUAGGCCUAGUAGACUGCAACGACCAAGCAUCGAACUGUUGGACCAGUAUCCUAGCACGCAUAGUCUAUGGAACCCGAAAGGCAUGAAAGAGCGCGGGAGUUCCUCUUUUCUAAACGAGCGAGGUAAAAGAUCCAGUUCGUGGUACAGACCAGACUUACAGCAGAGUGGGAGUGAUGAUGAUGAUAAUGAUGAUAAGAGUGGUGAUAAGGGUGGGGAUAAGAAGGAAUUGGACCAGGGUGAGAAGGGAGACGGGAAAAGAGAGAGUAUGCAGCCAUAUCCAAUAAGGUACAACCGGUGGUCUUUGAUCAACACAGAGUCGCGUAAAAGUGCAGCCAAACGAAUCAGCAAGGGUCGCCGUCGCAUUAAAUCGAAGAGUCCCCAUGCGAAGAAGACUAAUAAGAGCACCAUUGCAGAAGAAGAUACCCUAAGUAAAGACAAAGGAAAAGAGAAAAAGAAAGAGUAUAUUGUGCAGUCGUUCUUAUUUGACCCGGACACUAAAGAUCCCUUCAAGAACAACUCUGCAUCAUCUAUUCCAAGUGACACUGAAAUUACAAACACUCUUUCUGCCAAGCUUCGAAUACCUUCUGCUCAACUCGGCGACCUUCUUUCAUCUCCCGCUCCUUCGCAUAGAAGCCGAACUGAAGUUCCAAGUCCGAAACCAGCAUCAAAGUUCGGCUCAAAAACGAGAGUGGCCUUCAACUCGUCCAAAGAACGAAUGAAACAUCCUGAAAUUUCAACUGGUGAUUUAAUUUUAGGAGGUCGCGACACUAGGCCAUUUUACGACUUUCUGUACAACCCAAAUUAUACCACGGGAAAUCUGAGAAUAAGUAAACCCAAGAAAGGCAAUAAAUAUGGUAGAGCUCCGAGACUUUCCUUGCCUCGGCGAUCAAGCUCUUCAGAUAUGACGCCAAAUAUGUUUGGCGAUACAAAACCGAACAAACAGAAGCCGAAUCAACGAAAUUCACGUGGUGUUUCAAUUUCAAUUCCGAGCGAGGGCACGAUUGGCAAUGCAGAUGCGAAAAUAAUAACCGAGACAAGUUUCGUAGUUCGACGUCCACGAGAAAAUUCGUCGGUUUUUGCUAGGCGACUGAGCCAAACUGCAAACAACGAGAGCUCUUCGUCGAUCAGAAGAAAGUCAAGCGAUAGCGGGAUAGCUUCGGAGAAGUCGCAAAGACGACAGUCUAGUAUAACAAAUGAAGAUAUCAGUUUCAGCUUUGACAAUAGCAGAGUCUAA